CCCCGGCCCCGCAGCGCCCUCCGACGGCCGGGACGAAACCCUGCGCCUGCUGGACCAGCUGCUGGCCGAGUCGGCGGCCUGGGCCCCGGGGGAGCCGGCCCCGCGGCGCCCGGCGCGCCCCCCACCCGCCGCCGGUGCAGGGAGCCGGGUGUCCCCGGAGCACAGAGCGGAAGACCCCCCGGAGAGCCGCAGCGCGUCCGAAGCCCCGGGCAGCAGCCAGGAGAGGCCGGAGAGGCGGUCGGUCAUCUUGUACGACUGCUCGGAGGAGGAGCUGAUGGCCAGCAUCGAGCAGGAGUACUGCCACUGAGGCCCCGCCGACCGGCCUCCGGGACCUGGGCUGGGGGUGCACCCUGCCCGUCCCGGGCGCGAGCUGGAGCUGAGCUGCUGCCCACGGGCAGCUACGCACGGACUUUCAAGCCGUUUCCCACCCACAUCAGAGGGUCCGGAGCUCGCCAGCCGCCGGCCUGCGUGCUGCUGCCGGGAGGUGGUCAUGGGGCGGCCGGAGGGAGUCACCUGAGUUCCGCAGGUGAAUGUCCUGGAGAUGAAAUGCAGAUUCUGACUGGGGGGGGGCCGAGGGGGCCUCCGAGCCCGCAUUUCUGCAUUUCUAACGGCUCCCAGCCUCCCCUGAGGAGCGGGGCUGAUGGAGCCUGUGCAGGAGGCUGCCUCCCAAAGGGAUCCCGCCCGCUGGGCCUCAGUUUCCCUCCCUGGAAGGGAGUCCUGGAGGCUCUGCCCACUCUGACAACUGGGGUCGCAGGGUUCCAGCUCCCUGCCUGCCUGGUUCCCACCCACCCUGGGCACAGGAACCCCCCCUGGCCACGGAACCGCCCGCCUGGAGAGGCCUGCGGGGCCCCCGGCCCUCACCUGGCCGGUGCUGCGGGGCCUGGUCCCGGCCUCCCCGGCGGAGGGAGCAGACAUCAGCAGCGAGGCCGGAGGAGACUGACAGAGACAAGGCUGCCUGCCCAGGACGCCCCUCCAUCACAGGCAGGGCCCGGACUGCGGCCUGACGGGCAGGCGGGGAGGCGGGACUUCCGGCGUGGCCCAGGUGUGCUGCUCCCGGAAGCGGAAGCGCAGGGGGAGGAGUGGCCCGGAAGCCCCGAGACCGGCCCCCGGAGCGCUGGUGAGGGCCGCCCGCGAAGGGGCACGUGGCGGCCGGAGCCGGAGGAGGUCUCCGCCGGUCUCGCGUUUACCACCAACAGCUCGGCCUGCCUGGCGUCGCCCGCCGAGCGCACGAGCAUCUCGCCCGACGGACCACAGCCCGUGCCGUGGGGCAAGCGGGCGUUUCCGUGAACUCGGCUCUGUGAUCAGAUGGUGCAGAGCUCGGAGUCAGGCCGGCGCCCGGGGGCCCGGGGGGUGGCCCAGAACCCCCCCAACCAGAGCUGCCCUCCCCACGCCCAAACCCUCUCUUCUGACAAGACGAUUAAAGCCGUUACUAUUUUAGUGAUA